AUGCUGGAGCGGCGCGGCGCCGUCUACUCGGGCUUCCUGCCAGAGGCGAGCACGCCUCCGCCGCCGCCUCCCGCCCCGACGCCCCGUGGCAUCGAGGGGUGGGAGGAACGGGCCUUUGUGCGGCGGGUGAUGGAGAGCGGCGGGAGCGGCGGCCGCGCCCCUCGCGAUCCGCUCGCCACCGAGUACUUGGUGGGCCGCAUCCGCGAGCUCGAGAAGCGGGUGGAGGAGCUCGAGUUUAAGGUCAAGGACGCCGAGGACGACAGAAAGUCGGAGAAGGAGAUCUCGAUUCGGCUGCAGGCCGAGGCGCAGGAGUACUGUCGCAAGUUCGCGAUGUCGGCCGAGAACGACCACCAUCUCCUCGAGCUGGCCUCGAAAUGCGCGGAGAGGAUCCACUACGCGUACGUGCAGAUGGCGGCGACGGCCUUCAGCAGCGAUGCGUUAGACUGUGACGGUCACAUCAAGAGCGAUUGGCUUGCCGCCCUGGAAGACGUGUCGCACUUUAGCCACCCUGCAGAGUGUGCCCAUCAGCGAGGCCUUUGA